AUGGUCCAACAAAAUGCUGCUAGAGCGAGGCAAGUUUUGCUUGGGAAAAAAAAAAACAUUGAAGAUUUGCCCGACGAGCGGCGGCGCAUCGAGGAGGCAGGAGGCAUCGUGGCCUUGCGAAAUCAGGCUGCGUUUCUCCGUGGCGGCGACUUCGAAGAACGCAAGGCACGAGGCGAAACACCCAAAGGGCUGCAGUAUUCGCGCGCCUUCGGCGGCAAGGACCUGAAGCCCUAUGGCUUGUCCAGUGUCCCAGAUGUAAAGCAAGUGACCCUGGAAGCCAAGCACAAGGUUUUAAUUGUGGCCUCCGAUGGGCUCUGGGACGUUUGUCCCUCUGAACGGGCAGUUCAUGUGGCUCUGGACGCCGCAGAUCGACACCUCGAUCCAGCGCAGGCCUUGGUGCAACAUGCCUUGGCCGAGAAUCGCUGCCUGCAGCGCAAGGCGGACAACGUCACGGUGCUCGUAGUUCUAUUCAGUGAAGGCUUAAACUGA